AUCGCGGACAAACCAGGGAACUUAGUAGUCCCAGGAGUGCAUCCUGUUUGCUUCGUUUCCAAUGUUGGAAAAGAAAUAAAAACAAUACAGAAAGUUGCACAAUAAAUAGAAAACAGAUUUCAUUUACUACACCGUCGCCCGCGCAUUUGGAAGCCUUGCGCGUUAGUGCGCGCGAACGCGAAGUGUUUGCGAGCGAGUAAACAUAAUUAAGUGAAAUGAUUCCUGUCCAGCGGUGGCGUAACGGCAAACCUAUCGGUAGGGACUUGGGCAAACGCUACAAUGUAACCCACCUCGAUAGCAUCUGUGUUGCGGUCAUUCUACAGCAACUCCUGCACCGGCGGUGGCUCAGGCACGUGUAAGAAGGGGACGCCGGACGGGCUUCCACAUAUUUUCUAGUUGCCAACGGAUUUUACAGCACCUCGCCCCCGUUUUUUAAGCACUGCAAUCCAAAUCCCACGCGUACAUCAGCUACCGGCUAGAGUGCCGAAAAAUUAAGGCAAACAAAAAACAAAAAAAUAGAAAAGAACCACUAAAUUAGUGGCCAGUAGCGAAAGGUGGAGAAACGCUGGAAGCGGACACAUUAAAAGCAUAAGCUACCGCGCGAAAGAAUAGUUAUCCUACCGUACAGUGCCGGAAACCGUUGCAUAGCUUUUGCUGGAACCGAAACAGGACCUAACACUAACAGCCAACCAUGAAGUCUGCCAUCCUGUACCCGUACGGUCCGCUGCGCGCUAAUGGUUGCUGCCGGAUGCUGCACGCCAAACAUUUGGCACUAACGAGCGCCAUCUACACCCUGAAUAUUUCCAUCCUGGUUGUGCUGUUGUACUCGUGGCGCAUCAGCGUGAACGUUAAAAAGUACGGUGACCUGGAGGAUGUGUACUACGGUGUACAGAUAGCCUACUUCGCCAUCAUCGGUACGCAAUGUUCGAUGAUCCUGCUCAGUGUGGUGCUUAUUUUUGGAAUCUAUCGGGAAAACAUCGGUCUGGUCGUACCGUGGAUAAUCGGAUUUAUCACCUUCAUGGCACUGGAGGCGGUCGCAAUGGUAUACUCGAACGUUUUGCGAGAUCACGUGAACCGCCAGUUCGAUUCGCUCUGCAAGGCGGAGGUAGCAUUCUUCAUAUCGAGAGCUGUCAUCAACAUAAUGGCCAUGUGGGCGGUAACACGCUUCUAUAAUCUGUUGCGUGCGGGCGUUACCUGGAAGGGACCGGAGCUGAUCGAGCUAUGACACAACUCGAACGAGACGGAAAAGACGCUAGCGUCCUUCCGCGAAGAGACCCACCUGAUCGUGCGGAUACCGUGCGACGGUACCGAUACCGAGCUGGAACCGGGCCGGACGGUAGUGUGCGGCGACGCGGAUGGGGACGACGCGACGACGGACACGGAUGACAAUAUGAUCGGCCGGGGUGGCCGUGGACAGAGGGGCACCUAUCAACCCAUCAACCGCGGCCUCUACCGUUGGCCAGGGGACGAGGAGGACGAACCGGAGGACGCGAAGAGUGUGGGGAGUGGAAGCGACGAGGACGAUUCGCUGCUGGUUGCGUACGACAGCAAUUCGGUUGCGUCCGUUUGACAAUAUCGCAAGCUCCUGCGGUACGCCACGGCAGAGUUGCAGCGGCAGGCGGACAGUGCCGUGCUGCUGUUCAUGAUAAUAUUUUUUAUCGAAGUGUAUGCGCAGAUAUUCAUAUUUUUCUAACCAACACGCGUGUACCGCCGGGCCUGCUUUUGCAAAAGGUGUGCCGCUUUGGAGGAUAAUAAAACAAAA